AUGGCUACAAGACUACUUCGGAAGGGAUUUCGCUCGGAGCAAGCACGAACGAGCGCAGAAGACUACUACAGACCACAGAACAGUCAGGGACCUAGUUCGGACAAGUGGCAAUGGCCUACGAAGUGUUUUCCAGUUACUUCUACACAUGACUCGCUGACGACUGAUAUGCAGGGGUCUGUGGAAUUACUAGAGUACAUGGAGUGUGAGCAAGUGCCGAUGAUGGUGUCGAUGAGUCAUGCACAGCCACAGAGUCCAUCCGAGAAGACAAGGAGCAAAGGCCCAAGCCCAGGCAACCUCGACGAGAUGGCAGAAAUGCCAGGUUUUGAGACAAAGGAGUUUUCCUUGAGUACGAACGAACGAUUGACUAUGGAAUUACAAGAAGCAGCAAAGCUCGAACAGGUCAAACCAGUAGUAGUGGAAGAACCACUCAUGACGAAGUUGCCAUUCGAAUUUGAGACGAGUGAUGGUGCUCGAAGGAGUUUUUCAUUUUGUUCUCACCGAAAUUCUCAACUAGCUGCUGAUACUUUUGAAUUAAGAUACCGAAGUCUUAAAGAAGACACCAUCGAAGCUCCCUCGGUCAGCAAAGAGGUGCAACAGUUGGUGGACGAGUUACUUGUAUCGAAGAUUCCACUCGAAUUUGAAGCAGAAAGGUUCGAAGAACAGACGAAGCCCACAAGAGUCAAGGUCGAAGAGCUCGAAAUGCUCGCAGGCAGUCCGGAGGCGAAAAGGUUGGCAGACGAAGAGGUUGUUGACUCACACGGAAUGUUGCAAUGCACGAAUCGUACCAAGUCGAAGGUUAUUGCAAGAAGGAAGCCGCCGGAAGAAAUUCUGCAAGUCGAAAUGUUGAAGCACGCGGCGAGGGUGGACGACCUCGCACUUGAAAUGUUCUGCGGCCGUGCGGUGUCGGCAAUAUAUAUUUUAUUCAGGAG